AUGCUUCUAACAAUAGUCGUCCCGAUAUUGCCGACAUUUUUGUACGAAAUGCAGCAUCCGAACGAAUUAAAAUUAAAAAAUUUUACGACACCUACGCCGCCUCCGCCGCCUCUGCCUCCCCAAAUAAUUAUUAUUAAUCCAUGUAAUGAAACUUUACCCUCAAAUUUAACAUUACCAUCACCAACCGAGGGAACGACCACUGAAGAAGAAAGACAUAAUGAAUUAAAUAAAGAAAAUGUGGAUUUAGGUUUGAUGUUUGCUUCAAAAGCUUUCGUACAACUUCUUGCGAAUCCAUUUAUAGGACCUUUAACACACAAGAUCGGUUACAGCAUUCCAAUGUUUGCUGGAUUUGUCAUCAUGUUUUUAUCAACAAUAAUUUUUGCGUUUGGAAGAAGUUAUGGUGUCUUAUUUGUUGCAAGAGCUCUUCAAGGUAUUGGAUCAUCUUGUUCGAGUGUUUCAGGUAUGGGAAUGUUAGCAGAACAAUAUUCGGAUGAUAAGGAACGUGGAAAUGCUAUGGGAAUCGCACUUGGUGGUUUAGCUCUUGGUGUUCUUAUAGGUCCACCAUUUGGUGGUUUCAUGUCGGAAUUUGUUGGAAAAACUGCACCUUUUCUUAUUUUAUCCAUUUUGGCUUUAGGCGACGGACUUUUGCAACUUCUCGUGCUACAACCCAGCAUUGUUAAAACUGAUUUGGAACCGCCAUCUUUAAAAUCGUUAAUUACCGAUCCUUACAUUCUCGUAGCCUCAGGUGCGAUCACUUUUGCAAACAUGGGUAUAGCUAUGUUGGAACCAUCUCUUACCAUACACAUGAUAGAUAAAAUGAAAUCGAAACAGUGGGAACAAGGUGUCGUGUUUUUACCAGCUUCGAUAUCGUACCUGAUAGGUACUAACUUGUUCGGACCUUUGGGACAUAGAAUGGGAAGAUGGUUGGCAGCACUUUUGGGUUUAAUUAUAAUCGGAUGCUGUCUCAUAUGGAUACCAAGUGCAGACAACAUAAAUCAGCUCAUAGCUCCAAAUGCAGGUUUGGGUUUUGCUAUUGGCAUGGUAGACAGUUCGAUGAUGCCAGAACUUGGAUUUUUGGUAGAUAUUCGUCACAGUGCUAUUUACGGUAGCGUUUAUGCCAUCGGAGACGUUGCUUUUUGUUUGGGUUUUGCUGUUGGUCCCGCUUUGAGUGGAACGUUAGUCAGUUAUUUUGAUUUCAAUAAAAUGUUAUACGGUGUUGCCAUUUUUAACUUUCUUUACGCGCCACUUUUACUAAUGCUACGUUCACCGCCUACUAAAGAAGAAAAGAAGUCUUUGGUUCCAUCGGAAAAUUCAACUUGUCGAUACGUAACGUAUCAAAAUGAAGAAGAUGACGAAUAG